UCUGAUUUGCAACCCAAUCGCAGUCAACUUCACUUUGUCCUCCGACUCGUCAAAAAUUUCGUCUCCGUCUCCAUUUUUCUUCGUGCUUGAUCGUGAGGUGAAAAUUCUACGCUGUAAUAUUUUCGGAUUUUUCGCGGAAAAGUUGACGUGUUUCCAUAAAAUUAUUGUGUUAAAGUGAAAUCGGUGCUGUGAUAAUCAAAAGUUGCUAGUGGAAGUAAAGGUUCGAUUGGGCCUUGAAUGAGAAAAAGAGCUUAGAAUAUUCGGCCUUGUUCAUUAGCACCUAAGCAGCGAAAAGCAAGAGCAGAGAAAAAAAAAUCCAAUAAUGGGUCGCAAAAAGAAGAAGGCAUCGAAGCCCUGGUGCUGGUACUGCAAUCGUGAAUUCGAUGACGAGAAGAUUCUGGUGCAGCAUCAAAAGGCCAAGCACUUCAAGUGUCACAUCUGCCACAAGAAACUCUACACCGGUCCCGGGCUGUCCAUCCACUGUAUGCAGGUGCACAAGGAAUCGAUCGAUAAGGUGCCAAACUCGCUGCCGAAUCGGUCCAACAUUUCGAUCGAGAUCUACGGCAUGGAGGGAAUUCCGCCGGAGGACAUCCGGGAGCACGAGAAGCAGAAGAAUGGUGGUGGCGGUGGCACCCGGUCCGACUCGGAGGAGGACGAGCCCGUGCACAAGAAACCGAAACAGGAAGCACCUGUUUCUCAGGGCAUGGUCAUGCCUAAUAUGAUCACACCUCAUCUGCAGCCGUACGGAAUGAAUCCGAUGAUGGCAACGAUGGGUCACAUGCCCUACAUGGUUCCCCCAGGAAUGCAGAUGAUGCCCCAGAUGAUGGGAGGUCACCCGAGGCCACUGUUCCCGGCAGCCGCCUCGUCAACUACAAUCUCCGCCAAUCCCGCUAUCAACAAGGCAACUUUCCCUGCCUACAGUAGUGCGACGAUCAGUGCCCCGCCUACAACCAAUUCGGCCAACGCGGCAAAUGCAGCAGCUACGGGCGAUGCGGCCAAAUCUUCGACUGUGAUACCCGCCACCGGUACAACUUCCAAAAUAGUUCACCCCCCUGAGGAUCUAAGCUUAGAGGAAAUUCGAGCCCGGAAGCCUCAGUACCAGAAAAAGAUAAGUCUGGCAACGCAACAGCUGCUGCAGCAGAAACAGCAGGAGAAACAUGCGGCAGCGGCCGUAGCGGCGGCCACGGCAGCCGCUCAACAGCAGCAACAACAGGUCCAAGCCCAUCUCAAAGCGCUCUCUUCGGCGGCGGCGGCCAGUGGGACCAACACCAUCGUGACCAGCCACCCUGGCAAAGAUAGCCGGCUAAUGUCGCCCCAUGAGCAAGCAGCCGUGAUAGCGCACGCCCAGGCUGCAGCGGCCAACCAUCAAAAGCACAUUGACGACCUUAAUCGAGCCGCCAUGAUCCAACGGUUACAAGCAGCAAAUGCAGCAGCCGCUUCGGCUGCGGCAGCUCGACCCGGAAUGCCAAUUGGAAUGGUACCAAUGUCGUUAAACGGUCCCAUGCAGCUCGUAAAUCCGAUGAUGCGACAGGGGCUGGCAAUUGGCCAUCCAGGGGCGGCUUUAAUUGGCGGUAAUAUGCUCCGCCCUGGUCAUCCACAGAUGGGGAUUGGUCCAGGUGGCCUCAUCACGCAGAUCCCGGGGGUGCCCGGUAUGGGGAUGAUGUUUCCGGGGCCGCCGAUGUUGCCGAUGCUGCCUCCCCGUUUCCGGUGAUCAGUUCAGGGACCAGUGGUGCUGCAGACCGCUGCCGGGCCUCUGUUGAACCUUGGCCUGCCGAUUGUGUUCCCUUGAGCGGAUGAUAGAUAGGGAAGACCACCAGCGGAUUGUGGUAGGCCACAAGAGCGAUAGCAGCAAACCACGCAAAUGGAAGGGAGCGAAAGGACAUCCGGCUCCGGCAGGAUCUUCAGCGACUCUACAUAGCAAGCAAGUGGCAAUUUUUCUUCUAUGAUGUUUUAUAUAAUCCUAAUCACCUAGUGGGUAGUUACUAAGAUAGUAAGGCCUUACACAGUUUUUUCAAAGCGUGGGUUGUUACGAGAUUCGGAAGAUUCUCUCUUUGCUUUCAUUUCUGCAGUUCAGGUAGAGAUAAUCGUGUAACAGUGUAUUACGAUAUCAAGAUAUUAGUGGACUAUAGUAAUUUAAACGUGUCAGGAUAUUCCUUAUGUAUAAUUAUUGCAGCUUGAAGCUGUAGGCUUGUUGGUAGUGCCAUUCGUGCUACCAUCGCUGUAAUCGAUGUCAGAAUGUGUAUCAUUAAUAUAGAAUCAUAAACUAAUUCAUCUUCGUUGGACGUUGGUGCUUCUUCUAGAAAUGGUACUGCCAAAUUAAAAGUUUACUGUACCCGAGAUAUUGAGCGUUGUCUUUCAACAUCGGACAUUUUACGGUCAGAUACAACCAGUGAGGAACACUGUACUUUGUCUAGAAGAAGCCUUCCUAGCGAAGCUCGCCGUUUUCCUGGCAAACAAUACGACACCCAGUAGCUCUGUUAUACCAAUGAUUAAAUAGCACCCUCGAGUCGUAAUAAUCCUUAAUAGUAGUGUACGUAUAUGUAUAUUCGACAGGUUCACUCCCACACGUAUCUCCGAGAUAUUUAAACCCACGAAACUGAGCGCAAACAGAUAAGCAAUGCUUUCGACUACUAUUUUCCACUAGCGCCUACCGGUUAAAAAGAAACACUGCUAAAACAUGAUGGCCUUCCUCUGCGUAAGUCACAAAAGGGGUAUGUCAUUCUACUAUUUUUUACUAGUAUUUACCAAACUUAAUCAACAUCAAGUUCUUUUCCUACACAUGAGAAAAGUUAAAAAGAAUCGUUGUGAAGGUUACUAGGUCGUUUGCAGGGAGCAUUUAGAAUAAAUUUUCAAAUGUAACAAUUUUCGAACAGGAAUUUUCAUGACAAAUAUGUUAGUUUUCAAAUUCAAAAUAGGAAGGUAAAAUUUGCUCAAUAGAACAACAUUAGAGGCACACAUAAGUAUAUGCUCUUCAUUAGUUUUCUUUUCCAUAGACAUUCAAUACCUAGUAAUCGUUCAGAUACCACGAAGAUCAGCUAUUCUUGCACCUUAUUUUGAGAAGCAUGCAUUGAAAAACUAUCGAUAUUCAGAGCAGAACAUAGGAUUUAUCCCAGUUAAAUUGAAAAAAAAAAAAAACAAUACUAACCUUUUUUGCCAUAGACAUAAGACACGUUUUCAAAUCGAUUCCGCGAUUCCCAUAAAAAAAUCAACAAAUAACCAAUAUUUACUCUGUAUGUUUCGUUCGAACAGAAUUUACGUUUUCCUUAGAAUUACCGAGUAGCGAAAGACCCCUCUGCUUUGCGGCAACGUGAGAGUAAAACAAAUUUGAAAACAAAAAAACAGUAGGUACACACAUGCCUGUAAAGACUCACUCGGCGCAAGGUAAGGGGUUCUCCAUUUUAUCCAUUUAUUACAUAUUACGCCUAACCAGAAUCUAUAUACACUAUUAAAAUACAUCGCGAGGAUGGCCCAUUUCAAUGCCCGUUUCUUGUGUGGUUCGGUUCUUGUCCUGUCCUAUAUCCAUGCAGGGAGGAGGACAGCUGAGGGGCGCGUUGCUUUGUUUGUCAGCUAGUAUUGAUCUGAUUUUUUUUUCUGCGGAAGUAUCGCACGUCAUUCAAUGGGAAGUUUGACCAAUCUAGUUAAAAAAAAACUAUCACAUAACUUUCUAUGUUGUGAAUAUAAAUACAUUAUAAACAUGAGGGACCCAACUAGUCGUAAAAUCUGAGAAUCAGACUCUGUCCCAGUUGGAAGUUAACGUUAUAAGAAAGAAGAAGUAGAAUAUUUACAUGCGAAAGCUUUAAACAUAGCUGGUUAUGAAAAACCUUAAUUCGUAAGUUUCAUGAGAAACCUCAGUUCUUAAAGUUACCUAUCACUUUAUUUAUACUCAAUAAAUCAUGUUUUCUGACAAAUUGGUCUAAUUACCCAUUGUACGUCGGUAAGGGUGGUAACACUGACGGAAUAAGCUAUUUUUAAGAAACGGCAGCGUUUUUGGUACUACUACAUGUUAUCUUCACGUAUCCUGUCAAAAUUUCAUUCAUAAUAUGAUGGAUAAGCUGUUCCGAAAUUUCUCGUUAAAUGGCUUAUUCCUAUUGUUUGGCAGCACUGUCGACGAGGGAAAAGUGUUAUCAUUUUAAAGAAUUAAACCUCGUUUUUGGUAAACAACUGUAAU